GGCCCUUCCAUGGCUUCCCAGGAAAGGGUGGAGGCAGUGACCAAAGGAACAGGGUUCUGGCCCUGCUCCAAGCCAGCCACUUACACCCCCGGGACCUGCAAGCUGCUCAGAGAUAAGAAGCCUGGGGUUCAGAGAGGUUUGGGGAUCCUACAACUUGCAAGUGGCCUAAAGUCAAAGAAAUAAGAAUUUUGAAGUGAUUAACUCCUGCGCAUCCCUUAGAUCACGCUUUCAAUUUCCCCAGGGAAGCCUGAUCUCCUCCCCACCCACCACCCCAGUGGAACCAACAUGAUGAUGAAGGAAUCCAAACUGACAAACUUCCAACAGCGACACAUCAUGGACACCAUGAAAAGAGGAGACACUCUGCCCCUCCAGUGCAGCCCAACAUCCAGCCAGAGGGUCUUGCCUCCCAAACAGCCGGCCUCGGCCAUCUACCUGCCUCCCAUCCUGGUGGCCCGGCCCCACCUCCGGCCUGCCAGUGUGUGCCAAGCCGGCGGGGCCUAUAGCCGGGAACCAUUCAAGCCUCAAGCCACCCGAGAUCUGGAGAAAGAGAAGCGAAGACUCCAAAACAUUUUUGCCACUGGGAAGGACUCCGAGGAACGGAAAAGGAAGGCCCCUCCAGUGCGACAGGAGGACCCAGCCCCUGAGCUGGACCGGUUUGAAGAAUUGGUAAAGGAAAUCCAGGACAGGAAAGAAUUCCUGGCCGACAUGGAGGCGCUGGGACAGGGCAGACAGUACCGAGGGAUCAUCCUUGCAGAGAUCUCCCAGAAACUGCGGGAAAUGGAAGACAUUGACCACAAGAGGAGUGAGGAACUUAGGAAGGCUCUUGCCACCCCUUGACCUGCCUCCGGAGACAGGAGCAGAGUAGCCCAACCUGGACCACUGGAGCCCCACCCCAUCGCCAAGCAGCCUCCCCCACCCCCACCCCCAUCAGCCCACCUACCCUGGCCUUCAGCCACGUCAAAUGGCCACACGGCACUGCCCUGGCCCGGGGAACCCUGGGCACACGCAGCACCCUAGAAAAUGGCCCAAUCUCCGAGAAUGAGCUGAUUCUCCUCAAGGCUCUGCCCAGGGAGCCUGGGUCGGCUGAGCCACUGAGACCGACAGUCACAGUCACAGACAUGCACGAGUGAAGGCGAGGUCCAAUCGCACCCUCUUGGCCACGUGUCAGAGGGCAUCCACGGGCCCCUUCCUCCCCACCCAGCACCCCCUGUGUGCCCUACGCAUUUGCUUUUCAGAACCCAGGAGUGAAUGGGAGUCCUUUUGACCUACCUGUCUUAGGACCUAUUUAUUUGACUUCUUACAGCCUCGGGCAAAUGUUUAACGACUACCAUUAACUGGCCAGUAAGACACCUCUACCCUAGGUCAUCACACGCACUGUUUUGUUUUCAGAGGGAAGGCUUAUGUGUUCCAGGAGUUGGGACUUUUCAAGCCCGAUGGUUUUUAGCCAUUUGCACGUCUCAGGUGGAAAUGAGAACCAACCCCUCUUGAACACCCCAUGGCCGGGUACCAUGGCAGGUGCUGAAUUUCACUUGGUCCGUUUGCUCAAUAAAGCCCUGGGAUGGCUGGCUA